AUGUGUGACCGUUUGGUAGCGGGCAACAACAAUCUCAGUCGGCAACGCAAGUUACUGGAGAAGAAGGAUUUAACUUUUGCCGAAGCCCGGAAAAUCUAUGAACAGCUUGAUGAUUUGAUGAAGGCUAAAUCCAGCGAAGCAGUCACAAUAUUCCAACGGCAGAAGACUCCAGCGAAUCAACCUCCACGGCCAAACGUGCACCAAAGCCGCAGAAAGAUUCCCCAGGUAAUGAAAAACGAAUCAAUCCAUGCUUAUCUUGUGGAGUUCACCACCUACGCUCCAAUUGCCGCUUUCGUAAUGCCAAAUGUCAUUUCGGCAGGUAAACAUCUGAGUGUCGAUUUCAGCAAAUGUAGUGCAUCCAAGUCCGAACGAUAA